UUAUUCCAUUUUUUCAGAAAUGUGAACGUCCACAUGCGAUUUACUGGUUGUUGGACACAGACAAGACCUGAUUGGGUUUCUUUCAUCCUUUGAACUCUUCACAAGCUUGUUUUCGGGAAAGUAUGUUUUAUACAU